CAUGAAGCUUGAACCUGUCAGCCUUUGCAACAUGACGGCGAACGGAGAAUAUGAAGUGACCUACGAAGGUUACUCACUGCAUCCAAUAAGCUACCGUUUCACGGAAGAAACAUAUGAUUGGGCCAGCUUCACAAUAAAGCUCUCCAGACGAUCAAGCUAUGUGGGGAUUAGCCUCGUGCUUCCCGUGAUCCUCAUCUCUCUCCUGUCCCCUGUGGCCUAUCUACUCCACCCCGGAGACACCAACAAGUUCCCCGUGGCGGUGUCUACGCUCCUGUCCUUCACCGUCUUCUUGCAGGUGCUCGACUCCAACCUGCCGGACACCUCGGACAACCUGGGACUCUUGGCUGUCUACGUAUCUGCCAUGUUGACCCUCGGCUUUCUCUCGGCUCUGGGCAACUGUAUCGUGUCUGUCCUGGAGAGUGAUUUCAAAAACGCCCGGGCCCUGGGCAUCACACCUUCACUGAUGCCAUCUACCCAGCCUCCUGAGACCACUCUUGAAAAACGUGAAGGGCUGAAUCAGCCAAAGCCAGCAAGCGGAAGGGAAGAAACUUCGUCUUUUGAGAAAGAAAAAGAUCUACAGAAAUGUCAAGACCGCAACUUUCUGUGUCUUAGAUUGCCUUGUAAUGAGUGGACAGCUACCAUCAUCAGGGUCUCUGGGUUUUCUGGGAAAAGUCCUGCACAGAAGCUGAAUAAUGCCUUUCUCCUUGUUCACAUUUUCAUUUUCAUUAUUUGUACUACUGUUCUGGGAGCAAUGAUGCUCUGUGAAUAGAUCAAAUAUCUUCUUCUUUCUCUUUUUGUCUGUCUUUCAGCUUCUUUUCUUACUGUCUACUAACCCCUCCCCCUCACCCUCACCCUCCCCUCUCUCUCCCUCAAGUUCAGCGUUAGGAGUUUCUGUUUCAUAAGUAAUAUAUCUCUUUCUCUAUAUUGUUUAUACCCCCAAUCCCCUCUCCCU